AUGUAUCAAGUCAGUGCUUUUAUUCUCACAGACAAGCCUAGUACCAAUUUCUCAACCAUGAUGAAAGGCUUGGUUGGCACUAAUGCGGAAUCGAACUUCGGAUCGAUCAUGCUGCAGCCACUGUGGGACCUCCUACCGACCGCGCUACACCCGCAGUUUGCCUUUAUGUUGCAAACGCUGAAUGACGAAGGAGUUGUUAACGUUCUGUCGCAUGGCAAGCUGCAUCGCUUGGGACAUGAUCGUAGAAGGCUGUUCCAAACGCGUUUUUCUGGAUUGCCAAGCGAAAUUGAGCGUGUUCACGGUUAUACACGUUUGGAACAGUAG